AUGGAUCAGUCUCUGAAAGAUUCAAUCGCUGCUGCAUUGAAGGAUGCAGAAACUUCCCAGCUAGUUUCUGGCGUGCAUAAGGCUCUCGACCUCCUACAACACGCAGGGCAUCUCUUCGAAGCCGUGCUUGAACCUCAAAUGGUUGGGAUUCAUCCAAUGAACCGGGACGGCUAUGGCUGCAAUCUCGAAGACGCCUUUGCCCUCAUGCAAAACAUACUGGACAUUGGCUGGCAUGACACUUCUGCUAUUGGUUAUGCUUGUGCCAUGCCGACAGAUGAACCUGGCAUGAAAGAAGCUGUGGACUUCAACCUUGCCAUCAGUGAGAGGUCAAAUGGCCAACUACCUCCAAUCCCUGAUUUGAGGUUUCUCAGUCUCAGUUGUUCCCACACCAAUGUGGGCCUGAGAGCCCUCAAGGCAGGAGUGCAGUCUAGCUCUUUGCCGUCAAUGCAAGACACCGAAAGCAAGGACAAACCAUUUGGGGCCGCAGUCCACAAAGGCAUCCGUUGGCGAGUGAUAUCGCAUGAAACCAUGAAAUGUUUCCCCAAGUUUCCGCAACUGUUGCAGUCUUGCUUCAACAGCCCAGCGCAGAUCUCAAAGGGCGAACAUGAGUUGCAGCUCUUGAGACGAAUUAUGUAUGCAAUUGAAAGCAGCCAGAAGGAGAAGAAGUCCUUGGACUACUCCAAGCUCCAGAAGCACCUGCUGCAGUCGAAACCAUCCUGCAGCGCAGCAGUUCCUUAUAUGUACAGCUUUGUGUUAAAGUUUGGUGCAGAGGACCUGCUCCUUCGAACGAUUUCAUUGGGGAAGACACGCAACGUUGGCCCCGAGAUCUAUGAGGUCUUGUGCCAGGACCCAAAGCCUGCCUUGUCAAAUCCCCUCCUGCACUUGAGACAUGGCCUGCUCAGAAUGGCAUACACUGGACCCGAGAAAAUUGUGUCCAGCUCAGACUGUAAGAAGAUCUUCCACAAGGACUACAAGAGCAAUGUCGAAAAGACUAAUGCCCUCAUGAUGCUUGUGAAUGAGAUGAUCAGGCAGCAUGUUUCAGUGAAGUCAUUGGAAAUCGAUGAAGCUUACCUGAAGUGCGAACGUGAGGUAUUCUUUGCACCAUCGGCAAGGCUCACAAGGAUGUUGAGUCCAGGGACUCAAUCGAAGAAGCGGCUGUGUUUCUUGUUGACGCCCUUGAGAACGAAGCGGGAAUUCAAUCAAGUGGGGCAGUUGGCCGACGCGUCGAUGCUUUUGCUGGAGAAAGGCUUCACUGUCGACGCUUGGGUCUCAAGGAAAAAGGACAAGAUCGUGGCCCAGAUCAAAUCCAUUUCCAACACCUCUGUGAUCCUAAGCAUUGAAGAGGGCGAUUUGGCUGGCACAGUGCAAGUUAGCCACUCAAGCUUCCACAAGGGGGAAUGGAAAUUAUCAAAGGCUCCAGUGCAGAAAGUUAAUUUGGAACAACUGGAACUAUAUGCAUCUUCCACGAACACUGAAUUUUUGAAGAAGAUUUGCAUUGGAAACAUUUGCGCAAAACUCCUUGACGUGGAGACUUCACACAGUGAUGCUUUGAGCAGCCUGAAGCUAGCAUUGAAACCACGUCGAAAUGUUGUGGCAUCCAAGAAAUUCGCCAAGGGCAAGCUGGUGCUUGUACCAACAACUGCGAAAAUCGAGAGCAAGGACGUGUCUGAAACGCCUAGUAACAAUUCCAUUUGCAUCGGGCGGUGUGGCACAGAGAGCACUGUUUAUCAUCUCAAUGCCCAUUUUGCCAGCCCUGUGGACAAAGAUGUUGGUGAUGCUUUUGUGUCACCGUUUUGGCUAGUUUCGACAACUCACGUUCAAGAGGAGGCCAACAUGCACAUGUCUCUCACGGUUGGCCCAUCCGACAAAAAUUCUACUUUGAAAAUUCCAACAAUGGUUAACCUCUGUGCAGUUAACCCGGAAGAUGUUUUGCUCCGUUAUGUGCCGAAACCUGCAAAGCCAGAUGUGGAGGCAGUUGUGCCAGUUAACACAAACCCGCCUGCCAAGCGUCUGACUGCUAAGGGCAGCCAGGGCUCCACAGCAUGA